AUGGAUACCUUGAACGAAUCCGGCAUCCGGAAUGCCAUCUUGUCCCUCGAGGGAUACUUGCCAUCCGGUCAAUCUUUGAUUUAUCUCGCCAUCGCUGUGCUCCUGAGCAAUAUCGCCUUGCUGGUCCUGACCAAAAGCCAAAGAGAGGCUCUCUAUGCACGUGUAUCCUCCUGGGCUCCUGUUGUGGCUCGAGGCCGUCGCUCCUCUUCUGCAAGGACACCGCCUCGGUCGUUGACUCCGGAAAAGAGGGUCCCAAACAAUGCACCGCCCCCAGCGGAAUACAAGGACAUCUUUCCACCCUCGAGCCGCGAAGUGCUGCUCGAGGUUGCAGAAUCAUUGUCAACUUCGCAAAAGAAGAAUAUCGGGCCUCUUGAAAUUUCCCAAGAAGAAUUUACGAAGAACGUCAUCCCUUUUGAAGCUGACUACAGGGAAUGUGGGCCGUCAACUUACACGCCGAUGGAGAUAUCGGUGGCGGAGAUCAAAGCCCUUGGUGACUUUCCCGACUACGCCAAGCUUAGCGGUGUGCCUCUUCCAAAAGCCUACAAGGAAUUUGAGAUUGAGAAAGCUCUACCUCGGCCAUAUCGACCCUUUAGAUGGGCAUAUCAUCAGACCAUGGCGCUCAACAAACUGGAACCCGACUGGUGGCUAGAGCUCGAAAGUAACUACGUCGCACGAGUUGCGGAGCGGAAAGAGCUUUUCGAAAAGCACGGCAAACUGGUGCUCAACUAUCUCCCCGGCAGCGAAUUGGCCUGCAAAGAGAUCAUGGAGAAUGCCCUUCAAUUCCUGUGCGCCCGCUAUCCUCAGUACUUCUCCCUGUCACUGUCCACGUCGAAAGGCUAUGUCUUCCACAAUGCCAUCUUGGACAAGGAGACCGUCAUCGAGGACAUGCAUCCGUUGCAUGUCCUGCUCGAGAACGUCCCGGAAGACUUCGCCGUCAUGUUGCGCAACCCCGAGGAUGGCAUGUACUACUUCCGCGCCGGUCUCCUCUGUUCCUCGCUCGGCUGGAACGUCGACACCAAGCUCGGUAUGCAGCUCAAGGAGAUCCACAACCCAAUCCCCGACUACAAAGCCAAGAUGGAGUUCUCAAUGGACCGCUACUUCUCCCACCUCCCCCCCAACCGCCCCAUCCAACGCGGCUCCUGGGGUCUCGAGGUCGACACCCCCCUCUUCAUGCCGCCCGGCGACCCCCACGAAACCUUCCGCACCCGCCAAGUGCCCAACCUCCCCGUCUCCCGCGUCCACCUGCGCGUCGACUGGCAGACCCUCCGCCGCCUCCCCCUCUCCGGCGCCAUCGUCUUCAACUUCAAGGCCCUCUUCACCCCGCUCGACGACUUCCGGUCCGAAGCGUACGUGCCCGCGCUGCUCGCCAAGGUCCUCCGGGACGGGAAGAAGGCGCUCAUGGAGUACAAGAGCACGUGGCACGUGGAGCACGUCGUGCUGCCGGCGUUGGAAGGGUGGGCGCGGGAGCAGGAGGCGGAUGGGCUGACGGAGAGGGGUUGGGAGGUGCGGACGCUGGAGGAGGCGCCGUGGUUUCCGGGCUGGGAGGAGAAGUGGCAUCGGCGGCAGGGGUUUUGA